GAGAUGAGAUCCGAGAAAAUGCUGUGACAACGCGAACGCUAGUAGGAGAGUACUACAUUGCAGCCUCGGCCUGGCAAUCGUUGACAGAAGCAUGAUGGUAACAGAGAGCAGAAUUGGCCGGGUGUUUUGACGGCACAUCUCAUCUGGGGAAGAAAGGUGUGGAUUUAUGCUGGGUGAUUGACCGACCGCUCAUAGAUCUGGUGGCUGUAGCGGCUGGUGGCAGCAAGCUACACCUCUACUGUGGGCGAAGAUUCAAGCGGGCUUAUUCGAUUCAAUCCAAGAAAGUGUCUGGCCGUGGCCCCACGUGAGGAGGAGGUCAGAGGGUGUGAUUCGGGCGAGGGUGCUAUAAAAGCGUCGUAAUGCCCAAGUCUGCCAAGCACAAUCUGCCUACCACCAGGAUAGGCCUGCAAAUCUGGCAAGAUUCACAAGGGAGCCGGGAGGCGGGCGAAUGGAGUCAUAGUGCUUAAUAAGCUCAUCAUCGUGAAGAUUUGGACUUGAAAAAUUCGGUGAUAAUACUUGGAAGUUGGCUUCUGACAUCCGCAGCCAUGGCGUUCUUUGCCAAGACUGCAGUUCUCCUCCUCCUGUGGGGACUGCUUCUGUUCUGGACAAUCGAAUGGCUCAUUUUUCCCACGGAGCCAGGAAUGGAGUACAAGGCGGGAGCCAUUAAGGACACUCGGUCAGAUUUCUUGGACUUGAGUGGACCCUACUAUCUCAUGUACACUCUGCCCGUGUUCCUCUUCGCGAUUCUUACUCUCGUUUACUUGGAGCUUCUACGAAAGUAUCCUGAGCGUGAGCGAAGGACCAGCGAGCUGCCAAAAUGGAGUCGAUUUUGGGCAAAAAUUUCCAAUUCUAUGUGGACACAGCCUAUCCUAGUGGGAACUCCGAUGGGUAUUUUGACAGGAGCCGAUUUGGCGUUAAUCACUGUUGUGGGCUUUGGUUUCCUUUGGUUGUUCUGCAACCAGCUGCUACCUGCUCUUGACCUCGUCGAUCACACCCAGAUGAGGCCUGGAAGAGAAAGAUGGAUGAUCAAGGUGGGAAGAGUUGGAACUUGGACUGGACGCGCGUGGUACUUGCCCAUGGCCCUUUUGUUCUUCCCCAUUUCCAGGGCGUCUCCAAUUCUGCGACUGCUGAACAUGCCAUUCGAGCACGCUGUCCGAUACCACAGAUGGCUCGGUCACCUUUCCCUCUGGGUUCUGUUGACUCACUCCAUCACGUUUUCUCUCCACAUCUACUACACUGGAGGCCAAGUAGCCGAUGGAAUUUUCAAAUGGCCGAGAUUCGGAGUGUCGAACUUGGCAGGAGUAAUUUCUAUGAUAGCUGGAAUCGUCUUGUGGGUCACGUCUCUGGAAGUAGUCCGUAAGCGAUUCUUCGAUGUAUUCUACGUCACUCACCACAUGUAUCUUCUGGUAUUCGCCUUCGCCGCCUGGCACGUCGGAGAAUUCGCCACCUACUACUUCCUGGGCUGUGUCAUGCUCUACUUCAUCGACCGCUUCCUGCGCAUGGUUCAGUCCCGAGACGCUGUGAGCGUUCUGUCUGCGCAGGUCCUACCCAGUGGGGUCGUCAGACUCAGGUUCCCCAAAUCUCCAAGUCUGAGUUACAAAGCACUGGGAAUGAUCUACAUCAACGUACCGAGCGUUUCACGCUUUGAGUGGCACCCAUUCAGCACCACAUCCAGCUCCCUGGAGAACAACAACGAUAUGUCCAUAUGCAUCAAGCCACUCGGAGGAUGGACCCGCAGCCUGUUGGACUCUCUCAACGAGUCCGAACCCUCGAAGAACAAAUCUGGAGGCUGCCCCUUACCACUCAAGAUAUUCGCCGAAGGUCCCUACGGUCCCGAUAGAGACUACUUCCUCAGGUACAAAACGCUGGUGCUCGUAGCCGGAGGAGUGGGAGUCACCCCCUACAUGGCGAUCAUUCGAGAUUUGUUGUGCCGCUACCGCAUGGGGCAGGAAGGAAUUCCCGAGAACGUGGAGCUCAUCUGGUGCGUGCCCAGGAGGGCGGACCUCGCCACGCUGAUGGAUGUGUCGCCGGCGCAGAUCUUCCCGGACUUCGCAAGCUCGAAGCUCAACAUCGUGAUCAGGGCUUUCGUGACGCGGGAGGGCGGGGACGGCAAGGACGAGGGCAAAGCUGCAGGCCUGGCGGUGGGAGUGCCCGUGGGCUCGGAGGAAGUGUUGUUCACGGCCGCCGACCAGCAGCCGAGGCGCGAGGUGGCGCACAUCGGGCAGAGCAAUGUGUGGGUGGCCGCGGUGAUCGCCGCUGCGACAACGGGCUUCAUUCUCGUGCACGGCGUUCUGCACAGCGCCGUGGUACGGCCCAACAACCACAGCUCGGCCCCGUUCUUCCAUGAGCACGGCAGCAGUCACGGCCCCGACGGGCCCCAGGGCAAGGCCUUCCCCACCGCCGCGGCCGUCACGCUCCUCUUCGUCAGCAUGCUUCUGGGCGUCGUCGUGUUCGGCGGAGCCGUGGUGCUGAUGUGGAUGUGGAGCCGACGCUCGCUCUCAAAGACCGACGCCGCUCUCGUGGCGUCUCCAGAACAGGUGGCGCGGCCCGGCGCUGCUGACCUGGAAGGCAACCAGACCUCGCUCUUGGCCCAGGCCUCGAUCGCCGAAGGUCCCCGUCCCAACAUCGCAGACCUGUUCGAGGGAAUAUCGGACAAGUACCCGGGUGAGGAUUUGGGGGUGAUGGUGUCCGGGCCGGAGAGUCUUCAGAAUAGCGUGGCGGAAGCAUGCCGCAACCGCAACUUCAAGUACUGUAACACGCGCUUCCAGUUCUAUUCCAUCAGCUUCGAUCUGUAGGGCGUGGAGUCGGCCCUCUCGUAAGGAUUGGGAUCUUGUCUGUAUAAUGCUUCCAAAUGGCCAACAAUCUGGGAAUUCUUUGGAAGAGCUGUUGAAGAACAAGAAGCGAGUGUCUGAACCUGCACAUACCAAAUCUACAGAGCUUCGAUUUUCAAGUAGACACCAUACGGCAGAUCAUAAUAUUGUACCCCAUAUAGAGAAGCAGAUAGAAAAAAAGGACGGAGAAGCAAGGCAUGCGAGGACGAAUUGCAAUAAGUUUUUGACUUCAAAGUUCAGUUCCAACAAGUAUCAACUACAACGACACUUUCAAUCGGUAAUGUGGAUAAACCUGUGAGAUUGGAGGAAUAGGCUGGCAAGGGUGCACAGUAUCUACUGGCUUGAUGCAAGUAGGUGUAAUCAGAACAGUUGGAACGGUUGACGAAUGUUCUGAUCUUUGUUUUAAUGAAGGAUACAUAUAAAAAGCUCCGCGGACUUACAACCCGGUGACAUGCAAAAGAUUGCAUGACAGCGCGACUUCGUUCGCCGGGCGUAAAGUAUCUCGUUGGAAGAUUAAGGCGCGAAGGUGGGAAAAAUUGUGCAAAAUAGAUUUAAUAUUGUCUUAUUUGUGUAAAGUUGUGUGUCUUAUUUGUGAUAUUAAAAUUACAAUAGGGAGUGCAAAAGCUGAUGAUCUUCGAAUCUUUGAGCUUGCAACAGUUUGCUCCUCGCAAAGUUAGCUAAGUAAGCCUUCGAACGCUAGAGUGAGUGGGGAGCACCACCAGUACUUUCCAUUGACAACUCUCAGUAUCAGACAUUUUGUUACAUUCAUAAAGAUCUGCCCAUAUGUUAGUAAAUAAAGUUCAAAUCCU